ACUUUCCCCCCGGAUCAUCCGCCCCCUUUAAUCCAAGACUCUCGAACAGUUUCGCUUCAUUCCAGGACCGAUUCGCAUUCGGCAACAACAGCUCGUCGUCCUCAUCAGCAGGCUGCUUUUCAUCGAACAAUUCGUCAGGCGGACUUUUUUCCAGUAAAUAAGUUAAUAUAAUGCGAUCGGCAGCCGGUAUUCUUAUUCUAAUCUCAAUAAUUAUUCCCAGUGUAUAUAGUGAACCGAAGUUGCCCGAUUGCGAGCAAAUACCAAAAGUCUUGUGCUGUACCCAACGUGUCUUAGAUAAAUGUAUGUCUGGUUGUAUCGAUUAUGUCACUGAGAAAUGCCCCCACAAAUUGGAAAAAUACGAGACGAUCGAUGAAGAGCCAUCGACGAGAGCUCCAAAGAAGCAGGUGAAGCCAGCUAAGGCAACUAGCAACAGAGUUGUCGGAGCAGUUGAAGUAGACCAUGAAGCCAAGGAGCAGUUCAUCGACUCCAAGGAUAUCAGAAGAGCACCACGAGUCGGUGAUGCCAAGCUUCUCAGCCAGGAGUACCCGAUCACCGAGGUCACCGACGCCGAUCUCUCCUCCGAGUGCGGAACCGAGAAGUCUCAGCCACCAUUCUCACCAUGCUUGUCCCGCAAGUCGGCCGACGACGUCUUCCUCUCCUGCUGUCGCCAACAGGUUCCAUCCAACUGUCACAGCCUCUGCACCUACGAGCAUCGUGAGCAUGUCGCCGCUGAAACUCUGAUCCAGGCGAUCCAGCAAGAGCACUGCGAUAUGAAGUACUUCUCCAAACUGCUCUACUGUGCCAACCAAAACCGCGACAACCGCGCGUGCUGCUCCAACCUCGGCAUGUCAAACGCGGAACUCGGCGUCGGCGAUCGUUGCCUACGUAUGUGCAACAUCUCCCCGUCGGGAGACCGUGUAAGCUCUAUGGAGAAGGAGGAUCUCGUCUGCCUGUCCAACUGGAACGUCAUCAUGUACUGUGCCAGAGGUGGUCUUCGUACCAUCAACUAGACCAUCAUCCCCGUUCUCUUCUCCCGUAAUAAGCUGGCUCAGGUUGUUAAUAAUAAUUCGCCGCUCGUCUUAAUAAUUUUCCAUUUUCCAAUCUCGUCCCCCCUUUUCAACACUACCACAUUUCUCAGUGAUAUUCAUCUGAACCGCCCGACAUACAUCAGUUCCUCAUAGUACCUAACAGGGUUCAACAAACCCAUCCACACACCGUCCCCCCACGUAACACCCCCCCCCC